GUGGGACAAAGUACUGGGGUACCUGGAGGUGUUGAGCAAGGCCUGGAUGGAGGAGCGCUAGGCAAGCUGGAGCAGCGUUGAGUGCCAUGCGGUUAGGGUUUAGAGAUUUUGCGUGCGAGUUCGUCACCCAUAUUGGGGGCGAAGUGAAGCAAUUGAGAGAUAAUGUAGGGAAGUUUUGUGAGGGCGCCAUUCAGGGUGCCAAAGCUGUAGCCGCUGUAGAGGGAGAGGCCAGACCCCGUAAGGACCCAGUGAAACUCAAGUUCCCAGAUGCGUACGGGGGGAAGAAGGAAGAGAACUUUGACAAUUGGGAAGCCAGUGUCAACAGUUAUAUUUACUUUCAACAUAUCCUAACAGAGGAGCAAGUCCUCGUGGCCUUCCAGGCCGUGAAGGACGAAGCGGCUAGCUUCGCCAAGUCACUCGCGCGUAUAGCCGGUUGUGAAAACAACCUGGUUGCAUAUUCCAAAGUCACUCCUCUUUCCCAAUUCCUCAAGCUCCUCAAGGAGCGUUUCGCUGACCCAACGCGAGGCAUUAGAGCCUCUGAUAAGCUCCAAACCAUCCACUCGCGGCAGUGGAGGAGUGCUAAGGCACUCAAGGGUACUAUGGACGACUUGGUAGCCGUCCCGGACCACGGGGUCACUGAACCCCAGUUGGUCCAGUUGUUUUAUCGUGCCAUUCCAAAAGCCCUACGCGGGCAUUUCUUUGACAAAUCUCAGCAGCCCGGCAUGACUUACGAUGUAUUGAGUAGAGAAGUCGUCCUGUAUGAGUCGAAGUCUAUGCCAGUUACCACUUUCUGGCAUAAGGACCUGGAGAAGGGGAAGAAGUGGAAAGAUCGUACCAUCUCGGGCCAAGUCAAGGCCAAGGAUCACCUGAUCCUGACAUUAGAGGAGGGUGGUACAGAAGAGGUCCCAUAUGAUCAGAUUGAGUGGGGCCUAGGGGAGGAGUACAGGGGAGGUCUUACGCUGCUGUCGCGGCCGGAGGGAGGCCGCAAGGUAGAGGAGGAGGCCAAGGCCAAAGGGGCCAGGCCAUGGCAGGCCGAGGACCGGGCGCACAGGGGGUUGGCGGACAGGGAAACCGCCAAGCGGGAGGUAGGGGUCAUGGUCCCCCAUUAAAUCGCCAGGGUAACCGGUCCCCACAACGAGGAGGUGGAAGGGCACCUCAAGGAGGAUGGCAUCCAUGCUUGCCGCAGGGCAGGCCCUGGGAAGACUUGGGCUUUGACCGACAAUUAUGGCAGGAAUGCGUGAACAUGGGUCAGUGCGUAUUUUGUGGUGACCCGGCGCACGUAAUUAAAUUUUGUCCUAAGUAUAGACAGGCCCGUUGGGCUGCCCAACAGUCAAAAGGCAGCCGCCAGUAGGGGUCACAACUGCCCCUACUUCAAGGCCAUGUGGAGAACUGAGCGCGCGCGAACAGGACACUCCCAACCCACAUGAGCCUAUGGCAGAGGUUGCAGGCCCGUGCCUAGAUAGCUGUCCAGAGACUGCUUGUGUUAGCGUCUCUUUAGGCACGUCCCUCACAGGUGUGGCAGAAGAGUUAAAGGAGAGGAUGCCAGCCUGGGCCAAAAUGAAAAAGGAGAGUAAGGGACAGCUGAUCUUAGUAGAUGUAGAGGUG